AUUUGUUACAUCCCAAUUGAACAGUGGUCAUUGAACAGAUAAUUAUGGCCACACUUACAGAGACAGCGGCUCCGGCCCCCGAGACCUACAAGCUGCAGCUGCACUCGGCCUAUGGUCCGGUCUACCGAGAUGUGCUCCGCACCCCGGCCAGGGACUGCACCAUGUCCGAAGUGCCCGUGAUCGACCUCACCAACAUCAACGGCACAGAAGAACAGCGUCGAGCACUGGCCGAGACCGUCCGGGACGCCGCGGAGAACACGGGCUUCUUCUAUAUCAAGAACCACGGCAUCCCGGAGAGCACCAUCAGCGCUGCCUUUGCGCAGGCGCAGGCCUUCUUUACCCAGCCGGCGGAACUCAAGGAGCCCGUCUCGAGCGACAAGUCAAAGUUCUUUAGCGGCUGGACUAGAAGACGCGGCAUCCAGAUCGCCCCCACGGACAAGCCGGACAACCGUGAGGGGUUCAGCUUCCGCUACGACCCGAGCCAUGACCCAGAGACCAAGGAUCCUGCUGCCGUGCCUACAGAUAUUGCAAAGUGGCUAAAAACUGAGGAUUUUCUGUGGCAGGGCACCACUCACCUGCCCAAUUUCAAGGAUGACCUGGUGGCGUAUUGGCAACAGUGCGUCACGCUUUCGAGACGCAUGAUCAAGAUCUUUGCCCGGGCGCUGGAUGUUGACGAGAAUUACUUUGACGACGUGGUUACAUAUCCCGGAAGUGACAGCGUCUUCAACUACUAUCCCAAGAACGAAGGCUCAGACGCCGACGUCGUCGACAUAGGCCUGGGCGCCCACACCGACCUGCAGUGCUUCACUUUCCUGUGGCAGGACGACGUCGGCGGUCUGCAGGUCCUGACAAAAGAGGGUCAGUGGGUCAAGGUCCCGCCUGUCGAAGGCACCUUUGUGGUCAACAUUGGGGAUUUCCUGCAGCGCGUGUCCAACGACCGCUUCAAGUCCACCGUGCACCGCGUCUACAACCACGCCCCCAAGGACCGCAUCUCCAUGCCCUUCUUCUUUGGCUUCAACCACAACGCCCAGUGUGCCGUCCUGCCAACUUGCACGAGCGAGACGAACCCCGCAAAGUACGAGCCUAUAAGCUGUGGAGAGUGGUGCCGCCUGAGAUUUGAGAAGACGUACAAUCUAUCAAAUGAAAAUAAAUAAACAUGUCAUGAACUCAAGACUGAAACUUUUCUAUGGACACUGUAAGAACGAUUGAUUCAAAAGUAAUAUAGUGUAGGGCGUUGAUCGCAAGAAGGUUUGUGGCCAUUCUAGUGUUCUUGAGC